AUGGCGAGCGGCAGCCUGGCGGGCGCUGUGGCAACCGAGGAUGGCAUCCGCAGCGCCAAUGGCCCCCUCCGCCGCCCCCGCAUCGCAGCCGGCUGCUCGUGGGAUUGCGUGUCCCCCUCGUCUCCCGGGGGCCUGGCGGACACCCUGCGUCUCCUUCCCGAGGGAGCCAGUGACGGAGAGACGCUGGCGCCGCCCGAGUGCGGUGAGAACUCUGUGGUUUUGGAGAGAUGCUUAAAUGAUGAAAAGGAAACUCCCUGCUUACUGUACCUGCAGUGUGAUCCUCAUGGAUCUGAGGAAAUAGUCUAUGUUGGAAUUUUAAGUGAGGCAAGAAACAUGGAAGUAUAUGUAGGAGAAGAGUAUUGUGGAACUGGUAGGGGACAGACUGUCUGCACCAUCCAGAAUGAUAGAAAUGAAAAGGUUACCUUAUACAAAAAAUAUCUUAAAUUGGAGUACUCAACAACCUCUUGUAGAAUUAAGCUGCUCUCCAUUGGUGAAAGACAGAGAGUGCUCAUAACUAAAAUUGUAGUACAAGUAAAAUCAGUUUCUGCAAAAUCUGCCUCAGAUCUUCCUUCACUAGGAUCAAGCGUAGAUCUAGACAGAGUUCAAACUAUGGUGGAAUCCAUGGGGUCAAAGUUAUCUCCAGGUGCUCAGCAACUCAUGAAUAUGGUUCGACUUCAGCAGAAGAACAGUUUUCCUCUUGGAGACAAACUUCAAUGUAUCUUUGGAAAAAAGGAAUCUGUCUUUGGAGACAAGCAUACAAUUGAUGGAUUGCACAAUGCAGCUGCUUUUAGAGGAUUAAACCAAUCAUCCAAUGCACCCUUUCCUUUUAAAAGUUGUUUGACAACUGAAACAGUUCUUGAAGAUUUAAAAACACAUACUGACGUGAACACACGGAUACCUGGUAGAGAGAAUAUUUCUGAUCUUGAAAGACUUAAAACUAUGCAACAAAGCACUCCUCUUCCUGGAAAUGAUUUUAAAGUUACGUUGUCAUCGUUAAUGCAAGAGCAAGCAAGUGCAAACUCAAAUAUGCCCAGUUCUGGGCUGCUGCUUCCUUUUCUUCAAAACGUAUGUAGUCAAGUAAAUCAUCUUCAGCUAGAUGAUGGGAAUAAGCAUUUUGAGAAGAGUACAAUAGCUAAAGGGGAAGGCAUUCAAACUGUUGGAAUGGAACAGCAGCCUAUUUGCUCCUACUUGGAAAAGGUCAUAUCCAAAAAUAUGGAACUGAUGGAGAAAAAACUAAUGGACUAUAUUGAUCUAAGUAUGCAGAAACUUCAGGAACAUAUAGAUACUAAAGUUGUUCUGUUAAUGGACAUGGUUCAAAACUCCAGAUCGAACAAAAUGUCACAAGAACAAUAUGACUCUGGAGAAGGACUCUCAAAUGGAGAGAGAUAGACAAUAUUUGAGAGACAGGACCCCAAUAUAAAUACUUUCCAGGGGCAAGUAUUUAUUUUGAUGUCUUUACAAAGCUUAAUAUUUAUUAAACUAAUUCUAAGCCCCCCAAGUUGUUUGUUACAUUUGUUACUGUAAUUCUGCCCAGUAUUGUACACUAAAUAUUAAUGUUAUAAAACAUCUGUAAUCUUUAAGAAUAUCAAUAUUUUUCAUAAGUGUAAGAAUUUUGUAUGUAUUUUUGUGGCUUAUUUAGUUAAAAAUAUUUCUAAAAAGCCACUUGAAAUACAUUUUCUCAAUCUCUACUUGAACUAUGAAAUAUGUGCUAUAAAUAAAGUGAGUUGUAACUUU